GUUUUUCGCAUUUCCCUUUUCAGAUAACUUUAUUUGCAUUUUAACUCAUUUCCAAACCGGAGGUGACUAAUUUCUCCACGCAAUCCAAACAAGCACGGGCAUGCUUUCUGCUCUGCUGAUGAUAAUUUUGAGGAACCAUCUAUAAUCUAUCCACCCUUUGACCCAAGUGGCCAAGCUCAGUCAGUUAACGACUUAACGGGAAGCUCUGAGUUUGUCUGUUGUAUCUCCGGGUUGGACCUGGCGAGGGAAAAUCUUGUUGGGAGGGAAUGAUAUGGAGGUUCUGCGGUAUUGGAUAUUUCUGACAUCACCAUUGUUUUGGUAGUUUUGGUGUAAAAUGUAUUUUGUACCCGAGGCAACUGCUGUUAACGACAUGGGGCAUUGGUUUAGUAGAUUAGAACUUGAAUCGGAACUUCUUGAUGGUCUGGCCAAUAAUUAUGAAGUUGCUGGUGGAGUUAAAGGGCCGUCGAGUCUGUUGGACCAUGAAAUUGCACAUCUUACAAAUCUUAGAACGAGCCCCCAUGAGAAUUUAAGCCGAGUCCUACCUAGGAAACGGAAAGCUAUAGUGUCAAGUGUGAAAAUGCUUGCUGGUCGAGAAGCAAACUAUUCGGGAAGAGGGAGGUUCACUACAGCGGAUCGCUGUCAUGUUCUAAGUAAAUUCUUGCCUGUCCAUGGUCCUUGGGUUGUUGACCAAAUGACCACCAGGGGUUAUGUGUCUCAGUUUUCGGCAGAUGGUUCCCUUUUUGUGGCUGCAUUUCAGGGAAGUCACAUCAGAAUAUAUGAUGUUGAAAGAGGAUGGAAAGUCCGGAAGAACAUUCUUGCCCAAAGCUUGAGAUGGACAAUUACUGACACAUCUCUUUCACCAGAUCAACGACAUCUUGUCUAUGCCACAAUGUCCCCUAUUGUACAUAUUGUAAAUAUUGGAUCUGCAACCACAGACUCUCUGGCAAAUGUGACGGAGAUCCACGAGGGUUUGGAUUUCUCUGAUGAAGACAAUGGAGGGUAUUCUUUUGGAAUAUUUUCUGUAAAAUUUUCCUCAGAUGGGCGAGAAAUCGUAGCUGGAAGCAGUGAUGAUGCAAUAUACGUAUAUGAUCUUGAAGCCAACAAAUUAACUCUUCGAAUAUCGGCACAUGCGUCUGAUGUUAAUACUGUAUGUUUUGCUGAUGAAAGUAGCCAUCUUAUUUUUUCGGGGAGUGAUGACAAUCUGUGUAAGGUAUGGGAUAGACGCUGCUUCAGAGCCAAAGGUAAACCUGCAGGCAUCCUGAUUGGACACCUAGAAGGUAUCACAUUUAUUGAUAGUCGUGGAGAUGGUCGGUAUCUCAUUUCAAAUGGUAAAGAUCAGACCAUCAAGCUUUGGGAUAUACGGAAAAUGUCUUCUAAUACUCCUAGUUCUGGAGGGUCCAGGAAUUAUGACUGGGACUAUAGAUGGAUGGAAUAUCCAUCUCAAGCACGGGAGCUAAAGCAUCCAGGUGACCAGUCUGUAUCUACAUUCAGAGGUCAUUCUGUUUUGCGUACUCUGAUACGCUGCUACUUCUCCCCUGAAUAUAGCACUGGCCAGAAGUAUAUUUACACUGGUUCAUAUGAUGCUUGUGUUUAUGUAUACGAUCUGGUGACUGGAGCUGAAGUUGCGAAACUCCAGUACCACACUUCGACUAUCAGAGAUUGUAGCUGGCACCCUAAUUAUCCAAUGCUCGUGAGCUCAUCAUGGGAUGGACAUGUUGCGAAAUGGGACUUCCCCGGAGCUGGAGAAGAACCGGGGUCUAACAAGAAGCAGCUCCGAAGAAGAUCUAUCUACUGAAACCCGUGGCAGUUGGUGUAGAAACGUUGCUGCUGGUACUAGUACUACUAUCAAGGAGAAGGAAAAUGGCCGUUGUCUAGUAUUUGUAUAUAUUUGUAUACAGUUUGUCUCAAUAAGAGUCCAGAAUUGUAUAAAUGAUCCGUCAUUCUCGUGAGGUCGUCACCGGUUAUAUGCCCCAAACGGUAAAUGGAGGGGUCCCCUUGUUAUUUGGCAUUAAAUGUCGUUCACCCAAAUAUUUAGUAAACUAAUAAAUCUUCAAUAAUAGUAUGAUUGAUUUGUAGUAAACCCUACCACAAACUGAAUGACGCGAUUAAAAGCUAGUAGCCUUCGGGAUUAGGUGAUUAGCUGAUUGUGUCCUCACGCGUUUCUUUGAUUAAGGUUAAGGAGAUGGAUCAUGGAGGUCAGCAUUUAGAAAAGAAGAAAUAUAGGACUAUUUAGCCACAAGGUGCACAUUUUAACACACACACAC